AUUGUUCUGUUUUAAGUUCAGGUAUUUAAAAUUCAUAUAUAACUAGGAAGUCGAAGUGACACUCAAGAUAAUUUGUUCUUCCUGUUUUAAUGUAUUUGAAUGUUGGAUUUAUUUUAUUGAAAUAGCAGUUACUCAGAUAAAAUGCAAACUUACGUACUACUGUGUACUUUAUUGUUUGGCAAUAUAGUUUCUAUUUCUCUGAAGUUCACAUCUUUUCGCCUGGACAAUGAAUGGGAACUCUACAAGACAUCAUAUAAUAAAAUAUAUCAAGAUAAAAUUGAAGAAAUACAAAGACGAGUGAUCUGGGAAGACAAUGUCCGUUUUAUUAAGCAUCACAAUAUGGCAGCAGAUCGUGGAGAACAUACUUACUGGCUGGGAAUUAAUCAUUUUGCCGACAUGUCAGAGAAAGAAGUGAGUCAGAAAAUGAAGGGGUACAAAAUGUCACACGAUGUCAUAAAAUAUGGUUCUUCUUAUUUACCGCCUUACAAUGUCAAAAUUCCCGAUGAAGUUGACUGGCGACAGAAAGGUUAUGUUACGCCUGUAAAAGAUCAGGGACAAUGUGGAUCAUGCUGGUCAUUUUCAUCAACUGGUGCCUUGGAGGGUCAACAUUUCAGGAAAACAGGCCAAUUGGUUUCUUUAUCAGAACAGAACCUUGUGGAUUGUACAUUUAAGUAUGGUAACGGUGGUUGUAAUGGUGGGUUUGUAUUCCGGGCAUACCAAUAUGUCAAAGACAAUAAUGGAAUAGAUACAGAGUCAUCUUACCCGUAUGAAGCUAAGAAUGCCAGUUGCAGAUUUCAAAAAUCUAAAGUCGGAGCUACAGUAACAGGAAUGAAAAUAAUAAAGAAGGGGGAUGAAGAGGCUUUAAAAUCUGCCGUAGCAACAGUUGGUCCAAUAUCAAUAGCGAUUGACGCAGAUCGCAAAUUUCAACUUUACAAAAAUGGUGUAUUUGAUGAACCGAAGUGUAACAGCACUUUCACUGACCAUGCAGUUCUAAUCGUAGGAUAUGGUGUAGAGAAUGGACAAGACUAUUGGCUGGUUAAAAAUAGUUGGAGUGCAAGCUGGGGAAUAGACGGAUAUAUAAAAAUGUCGAGGAACAAAAACAACCAAUGUGGAAUAGCUUCUUACGCCAUGUACCCUCUUGUGUGAUAAUAACUUGUGAGGACCAGACGUCAAAAUUAAACUUUAAUAGCAUCUUGUUAUGACAAUGGCAUUGCUUAAUAAACAUUGUUUGUGCAUAAAUCUGUGUAUAUUGUGCUAGAGGUACUAUAUGUGGGGAGGGUUGAGAUAUCAUAAAAUAUAAUUAACCCUGUCGCAAUGUCCAACAGUUUCAAGUCGGGAACCUUUAUAAUCUUUGUUAGUCUUGUAUUGGUUUUUAAAUUUCUGUUCAUUUGCAUGAUUUGGAGUUUAAUGUGGCUUUUAUUUCGCUAAACUACUAUACAUUUUUUUUUAAUUUGGUCUCUGAUCGGUAGUUGGUCUCUUUCCAUUUUAUUUUUUUUCAUUCUAUAUGUCAUAUUUCUGUUCAGCUUUCCAAAUGUGAACUUUCCAUUUCUAAGUAGCAACAUUCCAGCAGCACCUGCAUACGGGGUAUCUUUCUCCUAAUUGAUACGAUAUUCCUGUGCUUGCAUUUCCUAUCAUGAUUUUCUUGAUAGAGGGUUGCUGCUCACAAGGAAUCUAUCGCAACAAGAGUUCUUAAUGGCAAAGUUGAAAUCAUUCCUGCGUAAAUUUUACGGACGCCAUCACGAGUUGGUUGACCGUUAUGGAAUAACCGUUUCAUAAAUAAAAUCGAAUAUGUUCCUUGCGUCGUAACUACAAUCCCCCUCCCUUUCAUGAAUGUGACCUACCGAGUUAUACUAUUUACCCGAUUUGUUAUGACAUGAGAAACACGAUCGGUGUCACAUGUGGGGCAAGAUAUACUUACCCUUCCGUAGCCCUUGAGAUCACCCCAAGAUUUUGGUUGGAUUCAUUUUGCUUUUUCUUUAGUUUUCUAUGUUGUGUCAUGUGUACUAUUAUUUGUCUGUUCAUCUUCUUAUUUUUAGCCAUGGCGUUGUCAGUUUAUUUUCGAUUUAUGAGUUAGACUGUCCCUCUGGUAUUUUUCGUCCCUCUUUUAUAGAUCAUUUACAGUAAGUAUCAGGUCGUAGUUGACAUUGUUUAUUAACCGUUUAAACAGCGAUCGAUGUCGUUUUGACGGGCGCCAAGUGAUGAGAAAAUAUCGUCUUUAGUGAGCUGAAACCGAGAAUAAGAACGAAUAAAACUAUUCUAGAUUGUACAUAUGUUUAUAAAAAAAAAUGAAUAAAAAGUGGCUGUUAUCAUCAUAGGUAGAAAAUAGAGUGGCAUUAUUUGAGAAUCACGUUAAACUGUAAAAAUGUCAUACAUGACCUUACAUUUUUAUAAGUUUAACCUUUUGAGGCUGAUGAGGGUUUUUUUUAUUCCAGAGAUAUCAUGAAAACUGGAAAUAUUUGUAAA